AUGUCCCCAUCAAUUCUUGUCAUCUGUCUCCUAGCUGGAACAUCCUGGGCCUUCGUCCCAGAUGAUCCAGAUUUACGUGGAACCGAUUCUUUCGGAGGACAUCCUAAUGAUAUCUUCUACUUCACUCGAAAUGUCUUCGCCCCUUCCUCGGAUACAGCUAAACAGGUCGUCGAGAAGUUCUUGGCUCGGAUGAUCAGGUCAUUGGAAUCAGGGGAUGUGGAUGUGAUUUCUGGAUUGUUCCAACCUGGAUUCGUGUUCAAGGGAUGCAAGGGAACUUAUGAUAAGAGUCAAAUCAUCGGUCUUUUAUCCCAAAUCCCAUCUGGAACCAAAUUCACCCUCUCACUCCAAUCCGUCUUUGAUACCGGAUCUUCAAUCAAGUAUACUGUAGUCGCCAGUGGAUUGAGACCAGCUUCAAUUGAAGCCAAUUUCGUCUUAAACAAGGUGGACCAACAAUUAGAAUGUGGAGAGAUUCCAGCUUGUCAGAAACACAGCUUUUUGACCUUUAAAUCUGUUCAAAAUCCAACUGAGGAGGAGGUGAAGAGAUUUCUGGCUCGUAUGACGAGAUCUAUUGAGUCCAAGGAUGCCUCCAUCAUCAAUGAUCUUUUCGAACCUGGGUUCAUUUUCCAUGGCUGCAAGGGAAACCAUAGCAAACAAGCCGUCGUCAACUGGCUCUCCACGCUUCCUCCCGGUGUAAAGUUCACAUACACCAUCACGGAUACCAUUAAAUUGACCCAUAUCGGGUAUUAUGUAGACAUCGCAGGAAUCAAGGAAUAUGCAAUCAAAACUGCAUUUGUUCUUGACAAAUUCGACCAAAAAUUGAAAGUCGGGUAUAUGAUGGGUUGUCCGAAGAAACAAAGAUCUUUCCUGGGAUUCUAUCAGCCAGAAGAUUCGAACGAUGUCGUCCAGAGAUUCUUGAGCUCAAUGAAGGAAACUAUCGAUUCUCAUGAGCCAGCUCUCAUCGGAAAGCUCUUCGACGAUGCGUUCAUUUUCAAGGGAUGCCAUGGAACAUACACAAAAGCUCAAGCCAUCGCCAAGCUCACCUCCUUCCCUUCCGGCGCCUCUUUCAAUUUCUCACUGGUCACCUCGAAAUGGAAUAGUCAGGGACAAAUCGAGUACACUGUCUCUGUAUCCGUUCCAAGAAUGGAUAGCUUCAAAGGUCAAUUCGUCUAUUGCCCACACAAAAAUGUUCUCAAGUCGGCAAGUAUUGAGCACUGUGCAGCCAGAAGAUUCAGUGUUUUUUAUUGA